GUGUGGCCGCGGCCGCCGCUGCGUGCGGGCCAUGGAGCACCGCAUCGUGGGGCCGGGCCCAUACCGGGCCACCAAGCUGUGGAAUGAAACAGUUGAGCUUUUUCGCACCAAGAUGCCGUUACGGAAACAUCGCUGUCGUUUCAAAAGUUAUGAAUGUUGCUUCACGGCGGCCGAAGCUGUGGAUUGGCUACACGAGCUGUUGAGGCGCAGCCAAAACUUUGGUCCCGAAGUGACCCGCAAACAGACGGUCCAGCUGCUAAAAAAAUUCCUGAAGAAUCACGUUAUUGAAGACAUCAAGGGAAAAUGGGGCCAGGAAGACUUUGAAGACAACCGUCACUUGUACAGAUUUCCUCCUUCCUCACCCCUGAGACCAUAUCCAAAGAGGCCCCCAUAUCAAAAGGAUGUUAUUAAAUUUCCAGAAUGGAAUGAUCCCCCACCAGGCACCUCACAAGAGAAUAUCCCAGUGAGGCCAGUUGUGAUGAAUUCUGAGAUGUGGUACAAGCGUCACAGCAUUGCUAUUGGAGAGGUGCCGGCUUGCCGUCUCGUCCACCGCAGACAGCUGACAGAGGCCAAUGUAGAAGAGAUAUGGAAGACUAUGACAUUAUCAUAUUUACAGAAAAUCCUUGGCCUGGAUUCCUUAGAAGAAGUUUUAGACGUUAAACUUGUCAACUCCAAGUUCAUCAUCCAUAAUGUAUAUAGUGUGAGCAAGCAGGGAGUUGUUAUCCUUGAUGACAAGUCAAAAGAACUUCCUCACUGGGUACUGUCAGCUAUGAAGUGUUUGGCAAAUUGGCCUAAUUGUUCGGAUUUGAAGCAGCCUAUGUAUUUAGGAUUUGAAAAAGAUGUCUUUAAAACUAUAGCUGAUUACUAUGGUCACCUGAAAGAGCCUUUGCUUACGUUUCACCUUUUUGACGCCUUUGUCAAUGUAUUAGGUUUGUUACAGAAAGAGGAAAUGGCCAUUGAAGCAUUUCAAAUUUGCUGCCUCCUCCUGCCUCCUGAAAAUAGAAGAAAGUUACAGCUGUUGAUGAGGAUGAUGGCAAGGAUCUGCUUAAAUAAGGAGAUGCCACCACUGUGUGAUGGCUUUGGCACCCGAACACUGAUGGUUCAGACAUUUUCCCAUUGCAUCUUGUGUUCCAAAGAUGAAGUGGACUUGGAUGAUUUAUUAGCUGCUAGGUUGGUGACGUUUCUGAUGGACAAUUACCAAGAGAUUCUGAAAGUCCCUUUGGCCUUGCAGACCUCCAUAGAGGAACGUGUGGCCCAUCUACGAAGAGUCCAGAUAAAAUACCCAGGAGCUGAUAUGGAUAUCACUCUGUCUGCUCCAUCAUUUUGCCGUCAAAUUAGCCCAGAGGAAUUUGAAUACCAAAGAGCAUACGGCUCUCAGGAACCUCUGGCAGCGUUGUUGGAGGAAGUCAUCACAGAUGCCAAACUCUCCAGUAAAGAAAAGAAGAAAAAAUUGAAGCAGUUUCAAAAGUCCUAUCCUGAAGUCUACCAAGAACGAUUUCCUACACCAGAAAGUGAAGCACUUCUGUUUCCUGAAAAACCUAAAGCAAAACCACAGCUGCUGAUGUGGGCACUAAAAAACCCCUUCCAACCAUUUCAAAGAACUAGAAGUUUUCGGAUGUAA